UCGGGGGGUUCCUACGAGAGAACACUGUCGAUUCCUUCGCCCUUCGCUCUGCCGCUGGAAAACUUCCCAGCGAAGGAAGACAGACCCAGCAAAAGCAAGAAGCAAGUUACUGCGCGCCCACAAUGUUCCCUUUGAUGGGUUCUUCGUGAGCGAUGGGCAGAGUCUUUCUUGGCAGGCCGGGACCAUGGGCCGAUGAAAAUCGCGAGGCAUCCGACCAUUAUACGGCGAAGAUCGGUGGACUGCCCGACUGGCCUUCUCCAUUAAUGGACUGGGGAUCAGAUUUUCUUAAGUGCAGCAUAUGUGGAAAUAAACUUUGUCUCGUCGGACAGGUUCCUGCUCCCACAUCCAGUGGAAAUUUGAAAGUCGAAGAGCGUGUGCUUUACAUCUACGGUUGCAUAGCUCCGAAAUGUGGGAGCAGUCCCUUGAGCUGGCGAGCGAUUUGUAUUCAGAGAUCUUGUGAAGAAAAAGAACCAAACUCCACUUGUUGCGAUGUGGGAAUAGCUGCCACGCCCUCUGUUUCAGCUGGGAAAAAUGACUGUUGGAAUGAUUUGGAUGAGAAAGAUGAAGACGUGGACUUAGAGGAGCUAGGACGGGCACUUGCAGAAGCUGCAACUGUUACUUCCAACUCGAAGAAACUGAAUAGACAAGAGAAUUCUGAGGAAGUAGCAAAAUUGUCACCUUCAAGGCCAACAUCAAGACAAGUAAAUGAUUCUCUACCUGUGAUGCCUUGCUUUUAUAUUUAUACCUUGGAAGAGCCUUAUUUGAAGGAUGCCACAUCUGCUUGCAUGAACUAUUCAUCUCUUUCCAUUAAUGUUGACAAUCUUGUACGGGAAGAAGUAUUGGACGAGGAAUCCUAUGAGUAUGAUAGAGCUCUAAUGGCUGACCGGACCUACUUCAAGUUUAAGAAACGGCUGGAUGCUUAUCCAGAGCAAUGUUUAAGAUAUUCAAAUGGAGGGAAGCCACUGUUGUCGACUAAAGAGAUAGGAGAUCCUGGGAGAUGCAAACUCUGUGGUGGCCCAAGACAAUUUGAGAUGCAGCUUAUGCUGCCGUUGUUAUAUUUUCUGCAUGAAGCUGUUGAUGAUGCUCAGAAAGAUGCAUUGGAGAACUGGAACUGGAUGACAGCAAUUAAAUAUACUUGUUCUAAGGUACAAACAACCUCCUCAUAUUGUUUUUCAAUGGAUGCUGUUUUUGUGAAUGCUGUUUUGCAAACACAAUGACUUAGAGCGGUGGCAGUCGGGGAAACUUUUAGUGAUUGAUAUCGGUUUUACACUCUUUUCUAGAAUCUGGUCAAUAAAAAAGAAGACUUUGGGGGAUUCGUGGUUUUCCUUAUAAAAGAAAGAACCUCUUUUCUAGAUUUGCUAUUUUGGUUGGAUGAGGUUUGUG